AUGGAGGACGAGAAGUUCGCGCAGCUCGCGUCCGUCCUGGGCCAGUCCUUGCGCGACAGGAUCGUGUAUCGGCGCCGCCUUCGCGCCGCUGGCAUGGAAGAUCCCCGCGGCAAGGACCUGCCGCAGCCCGUGGUCAAGGCCCAGCGCGUGGCCCUCCAGGCGACCCAGCGCCUCGAGCGGGCGCAGCAGGCUGCUCAAGAGGCCGCAGAGGAGCUCGAAGCGGCCGAGGCGCAGCUCGUCGCGGCUCGCGGCGACCUGGAGCAAGCCAAGCAGGACGCCGCAGAUACCGCAGCUGGUGACCAGGCGGGACCCCCCGUGUCGGCGUCGACGCGGGACGACCUCGGGAAGCUGGCAGGCCUCGUCAACCAGCUCGUGGCCACCUACGAGGACCAGUUGGCCCAGCUGGCGGCGGGCAACAAGCCGCCCGACACGGGGCGCGCCGUGGCGCAGCAGACCAGGGAAGCCUUGCAGAAGCUCACCGCUGCCCUGCCCGCUGCGCCUCCUGCGCAGGCCAGCCCCCCGCGGCCGCUGAUGGAGGGCAGCCUGGGGGCCUGCCAGCUGACGUCGCCAUGGGAGCGGCACCAGCUGGAAGUUGUGCCGACACCGCGCAGCGGCUCCGCGACAAAGCAGCGGCUGCAGAACGGCUACGGCGUGAUGUCAGGAACGGGACCAGCCCGUACUAAGGCCAGAGUGUUCUUCGGGAAUAUCACCCAGUACGGCCCGCCCGCCCGCAUGUUCCUGGAGGGGCGCGGCUCGGGUUUCGACGCCGUGGGCUUCUGCGAGGCCCAUGCGUCACCUGCUGCCACCGAGCAGCAGCAACUCGACCUCCAGAAAGGCAACUGGAAGGUCGCGGCCACGCCUGGCAUCCCUUCAGGUCGGUCCCUGGACGGCGUCGCAGGCGGCGAGAUGCUGGCGAUCAAGAAGACGUUGGCUGUCACCACCUCCGAAGGGCACCGACGCGCGUGCCAGGCGGCUGGUCGCCCGCCUCCCUUCUUCGGCUUUGUCCCGAUGGUGUGGCACCUGCUACAAGGCAACGUCCUCGUCGUGGUGGCGUAUCUGGUGCCUGGGCUUCGGUUUCGCGGAGCCAACCAGCAGCGGCUCGCCUCCUUGGCGGCCUUCCUCUCGCUCGUGAAGGACACCUUCGUGCUCGCCGUUGGCGACUGGGACGUUGAGCCGACCGACUGGGGCGAGACUGAAUGGCUGCAGCGGCUCGGCGCCACCGUCAUUGCGCCAGGGAACGUGCGCGCCACCUGCGACAAGGGCGAGGGCAAGCUGUGCGUGGUGGCGGAGCCCGACGUGCCGCGGCGCACGCACUGCGGGCUGGUCAUCGAGUUCACGUCUAGCAACCGCCGCUGGUACCACCAGGCGCCGGUGCUGCCUUCUGCGCUGCCCCUCCGCUGCCCGCCGAAGAUCGCCGCUGAUCCCAGCAGCCGCAGGCAGCGCAAGCUUGCGGCGCAGGCCAGCAGGCGCCGCGAGGCGCUGCCAGAGGAGCUGCGGGAUUCCCACGACACGCUCUUUGCGGGGGCCGACGAGCCUGGCGGGCCAGCUGGGGCAGACGACCUCGGGCGCGUCCCCUUCCCGCUGCCCGACUACACGGCUCCGCGGACUGGAAGGUGGUGCAGUUUUGGAGGCGGCACCUUGAGUUCUGAACAGUGCUGCGGAGACGCGCUCUCCGCGGCAACCGCCCCUGUGGCGGUGCGGCGCACGUCCAUGGAUGACGAUGUGGAUCCCAUGGACGUGCUGGCAGACGAGGACGACGCUGGCUUCGCGGAGCCUCCUGAGCACGACUCAGUCCCUAGCAGCAGCCCGGUGACGGAGGUGAAGUCGGCCUUGCCGCCCGCCGCCGAGGCUCGCGGCCGAGAUGGCGGCGCGCCAGCUGACAUUGAAUAUCUAAUGAGCUCUGAGACGUGGUCCAGGUGCGCUGCCGCCGUGCAGGCUUGGAAGCCAAGCAGCCAGCGGCCCGCCGACCAGGACCAUUUCCUGUUCGCGCGAGUGCCGCUCUCCACCGACCACGUCUCGCAGAUGCACGCGCAGUGGGUCGGCACCCUUGAGGAGGCGCUGAUCCAGACGGAGCAGGUCGCAGGUCGCAGUGCGGACACCAUGCGGGGACGUGGUCAGGGCUAUCGCCUCGAGGAGCGCAGGAUGAAAAGCACCCCUGGCCGCGCUCACCUGCUGAACCCCGUGCUGGAGGGUUGGCAGACGCUGAGCACCUUGUUGGUCCGCCUCGUCGCGCUGCUGACAAACGGGUCCGACCCGCCGCAGCAGCGCGAGUGCGUCGCACGCAUUGUCCACCGUCAUGUCAAGGAGCCCGCGGCCGAGCAGCUGGAACCCCGCGGCCUCGCCAGGGACGCCGACGGAGACGUCGCGGCAAGGUCCAUCGCCCAGCCCGACGCCAUCCUGGAGAAGAAGACCCUGUACUGGGAGCGGGUGUGGAAGGACCCGGCGCACGACAAGGCCGACCUUGUCGAGGCCCUCAACGACACUCUCCGACGCGCUGCUGACGAUGGCCUGGAUCCGAUCACGUCCGACCAGGUGCGCGCGGCCAUGCGCCGCGCGAGUUCGGGCAAGGCGCGCGGCAUUGACAACUUGAGCCCCGCUGACCUGCAGCGCAUGCCCGAGGGCGGCUUCGACGGCCUCGCCUCGGGUUUCAUCGUGGCCGCGAUGGAGGUGCAGCUGCGCGCAGGGCCCCGCCACUUGCGCCAGCGUGCCUGGCUUGGGCGCCGACUGCAGCCCGAGCGGUCAGUUGUGGCGGGCUCAGGCAACGGCGGGAAGCUGGCCCAGGUCAUGCUAGGGCCUGCGAUUGCUCGCGCGCAUCGUGCGUGCGAGCGUGCGCAGCUGUGGACGUUCAUCGACGACGCGGUCAUCCGUUCAGUUGGCACGAGGCAGUCAGUCAAGGCCGACGUCUACCAGGCCGCGGUUGCGCUCAAGCAGGGGCUCGACGAGGCUGGCUUCGUGGUCUCCACCAAGACUGUGCUGGCGUGCUCGCACCCCCCGCUGGGGCGGGCCAUCGCUGGCGGCCUGGUGCGGCUUGGUGUGCCUGCCUCGUACGCGGCGCACGCGAUGGACCUCGGCGUCGACACGACCUGCGGGCGCCGUCGGUGCAGGAAGCGCGCCCAGAGGCGCUUCCAGGCUGCCAAGGGUCGGCUGGGCAGGAUUCUCCGCGUGCGUAGGGAGGUCCGCAUGGCCAAGAUCACGAAGAUGCUGUGGACGACGGGGGCGCAACCACAGGCGACGCACGGCCACCAGGUCGCUGGCCUCGCGCCCUCCUCGUUUUUGGCGCUGCGCCGAGGUGCCGCUGCCUCGGCUGUCGGCAAGGGCCCCGGCAGGUGCCUCACGUCGACCUUGGCGGCCUUGUAUGGGCAGCGCGACCCAGUGCUGGAGCUGCAGAGGCAGGUCGUCAGCCAGUGGCUCGAGCUCUGGCGCACCCGGCCUGAGGUCCACGGUCGGGUUCGCCGCGCCUGGCCCCGCCUGCUCAAGGCCCUGUCGCAGGCAGGGCCGCAUCGCUGGCGGCGCGUCCGCGGGCCAGCUGCCGCUGUGAUCGCGGUGCUCCUGGACGCCGAGUGGCGGCCCGAGUCGCCCCAGCGCUGGGUCCACCCGACUGGGCCCAACGCGGCCGACGAGUGGAUCAUCCCUGGCCCCGACGCGGAGUGCUUCGCUGUCGCCGACGCGUCCGAACCCCUGGACGACCUCAUGGCGGACUUCGCGAGGCGCAUGUGGCAGCGGGCUGCUCUACACCCCGCAGGCGACAGCCUCUGCAACGGCGCCGACAUGAUGCACGUGCAGCGGGAGCUGAGGCGCUUCAUGGCCGCGGGUGCGCUCGACCAGUGGGCGCGGACGGUCGUCAUCGUCAGCGGCGGCCAGUGGGCGAGGGGGCGCCAGCAGCAGGCAGGAUACGAUUCCGAGGUGACUUGCCAGCGCUGUGGCACUGAGAAGGAAACGUCAUUUCAUCGGAUUUGGAGUUGCCCGUGCAACACUGGACAUGCAGAUUUAGACGCCAGUGAAUGCUUGAUUGUGCGUGCGAGGGCGGGCUGGGAGCAAGACCCCGCCUUGUGGUUGCGCGGCGUCUGCCCCUCCGACCUCACCACGCCCGUCUUCGACGAGCGCCAGGCGGACUGGGUCGAGCACCAGGGCGAGCCGUUCGACAGCUGCAGGAUCGAGGGCGAGGAGGUGCUCGACGUGUUCGGCGACGGCUCGGGCGGCCCGCACACA